GCGGACCUGCGGCUGAGUCUGGGGCGGCGGCCGCGCGGACUGGUGGCGGGACGGGCUUCGGAGACCGCGCGGCUUGCUGCAGGUUGCCAUGGCUGCUGUUGACAGCUUCUACCUCUUGUACAGGGAGAUCGCCAGGUCUUGCAAUUGCUAUAUGGAAGCCCUGGCCUUGGUGGGAGCCUGGUACACAGCCAGAAAGAGCAUCACGGUUAUCUGUGACUUCUACAGCCUGAUCAGGCUGCACUUCAUCCCUCGCCUGGGGAGCAGGCCCGACCUCAUCAAGCAGUAUGGAAGAUGGGCUGUCAUCAGUGGGGCCACAGAUGGCAUUGGGAAGGCCUAUGCUGAGGAGUUAGCAAGCCGGGGACUCAACAUGAUCCUGAUUGGCCAGGAAGAAGAGAAGCUGCAGGCUGUGGCCAAGCACAUAGCUGAUACAUAUAGGGUGGAGACAGUUGUCAUGGUGGCGGACUUCAGCAGAGGCCGGGAGAUUUAUGCUCCAAUCCGAGAAGCCCUGAGAGACAGAGACAUUGGCAUCCUGGUGAAUGACGUGGGUGCGUUCUACCCCUACCCCCAGUAUUUCACCCAGAUUCCUGAGGACACGCUCUGGGACAUUGUGAAUGUGAACAUUGCGGCUGCAAGCUUGAUGGUCCACAUAGUGCUUCCGGGAAUGGUGGAGAGAAGGAAGGGCGCCAUCGUCACAGUGUCUUCUGGCUCCUGCUGCAAGCCCACACCACAGCUGGCGGCCUUUUCUGCAUCCAAGGCAUACCUGGACCACUUCAGCCGAGCCCUGCAGUAUGAGUACGCCUCUAAAGGGAUCUUCGUGCAGAGUCUGAUCCCCUUCCACGUGACCACCAGUGUGACUGCGCCUGGCAGCUUCCUGCACAGAUGCCCGUGGCUGGCACCUUCACCGAGAGUGUAUGCUCAGCACGCGGUGUCGACCCUGGGCAUUUCGAAAAGGACCACAGGCUACUGGUCCCACUCUAUUCAGUUUCUUUUCGCACAGUAUAUGCCUGAGUGGCUCUGGGUGUGGGGAGCAAACCUUCUCAACCGCUCCCUACGGAAAGAGGCCUUAUCUUGCCAAGCCUGAAUCUGGAAGCUCUGGAGAAGCUGGGCCAAGCCACAGUAACCUGCAGUAUUCCGGCAUUUGGAAAACACAUGUAGUUCACUUGCGUAUUGUCUCUUCCUGAGUACCUAGUGUGUUACCAUCUUUCAUGAGGCCGACUUUCAGUCUGUGAGAAAAACCUCAGGGACCACAUGGGUGGCCCAGGGCACGUAGUCACGAAGCCUGAGAACAGAACAGAAGGCUUCCCUAGCACUUAGAAUGUGACUAGCCAGCUCCUGGAAGGAGCUGGUUUCCUCUUUUAGGUGAUUAUAGUAUUGGCUUUCAGAUGUUCAUCAUGCUGGGCAUGGUGGCUCAUGCCUUUAGUCCCAGCACUCGGGAGGUGGAGACAGGUGGAUCUUUGGGAGUUUGUCUGGGCUAUAUAGUGAGUUUCGGGCCAGCCAGGGAUAUAUAGUUAAAACCUAUCUCAAAAGAAAAUAUAUAAUAAUGUUCAUCAGGAAGACAACAGAAAAGUAUUAUUUUCUAACUGUGAACUGUGAGUGCAGGUGGUAUUAGCAGUAGAUGUGUGUGUCACACCAUAUAGCUCCAUGUAGGGGCAUGUGUGUGCACCCUGCCUUUCCCUAUGGUCCCCCUAGAACCAUGUGUGUACUGUGCGCUGUGUGUCUGAGCAAUGUUGUUGAUAUGACUUUAAUAGAGUCUUUGUCAGGACGAGGUAAUGGGGAGCCUUACCAUAUUAAAGGUCCAGGUUACUCCUUUUCACGUGGUAAAAGCCUGCCUAGCUCUGUCGUGGGCUUUACCAUGUCUGAUGCUGCUUCCUUUGCGUGGUUUUUGUUUAAUUCUAUGGGAGGGUUUCAUUUCUAGAUUGGAAUACAUAAUGGGUUGUCUUGAUUUCUAAGGUAAAAAUUGUGGCUAAGGAGUGAUUUCUCAGUACAUCCAUGUUGUAACUGCUUAUAGCUGGUUUUCAUAUACUUUUCUAUGUAACCCAAUUUCAUCCCAGGAGCACUGUUGAUAAAAUCAAGUGUUUGUAGAAUAGUGGUUAAAAUAUAAGCAACGUUCAUGUGUGUUAUGUGGUAUUGUGUAAAUGGUGUUAGAAACUCAUUUUUGGCCUGUGUAAUGAAUGUAUACUUUAUAGGGAAUGCCUUUAUUGGUGUGAAGAUAAUUUACACAAACCCCCACAAUAUGGGUGAGCAUUGAAACUUGCUGUGUUUAAUUUGGUCUUAUAAAACCAACCACUUAUAAGGGUUUUACAGCUGGCACUUGGGAAUUCAUAGGUCGUGGCAUCGAGUGCAGAAUGGAGGGAUGUGGCGCUUAACAUUGUGGUGCUGAUGCUGUGCCUGGAUGAAAAUGGGUGAGAUGCUAGGACUUGUGUGGAAUUAUUUUAGGUGACAUUCCAUCAUCUGUAGGCCCUGUGUGCUUUUAUGUUGAAUAUGCGCUUUACCCACGACAUCCCCUGUGGCAUUUCUAGCUGGGCCUCAGAUCCAGAAGAUUGAAAUUCUUCCUGUCUUCAAUUAUGUCUUCAAAACAUGUGCAGAACCCCACGUUUGGAGGUAAUGGCAGGAGACCAGUGGUUGGAAGCUUCUGUCGUACUGAUGGAACUUGGGUGAAUAUGUGAUAAGCAACAGCAACUCCGCUUGAAACAUCACCAGGCAUGAUCCCAUGGGGGUGGGGGGAGGCAGGAGACUCAGGAGUUCAAAGCCAUCAUGGAGCACAUAGUGAAACCACGGUUCAGGAAGCAGAAACCAUAGCAGGAACACACUGUCGUUCUGUGUGAGGUCCUGUGGUCCAGUAUGCACACUUGUCAGCUACAGCGCAGAGCUCUUGCUAUGACUGUAGUGAUGCCCCUCAGCAGGACUCAGCUAGAACACUGCUGCAGACUCAGAGCACAGUGAUCCAUGGCGCCAGCAGAAGACCAACAGGCAUCCUUAGGCUUCCAAGCUUUCAGACUCGGCCCCUUCGCUGAGAGUUACUCUUCUCACUGUGGACAUGGUGGGUUUUUGUUUGUUUGUUUGAACCAAGGAAGGAGGAGCUCUGAACUUGAACCUUUGUAACUUACCCUGUGAAUUGAAAUGUACCAAUAAAAGCAUCACUGUUU